GUAAUGCUCCUUCCACUACCGCUCCUACAGUAAAUAUUUGUGUUUGCUCAACCGGCUGUAAUGGUGGACGACUGAGGCAGAGAAACGGAAUACAACUAGAGUGAAGAAAGAGAGGAAAAAACGUUUGUUUUAGAGCCAGUCGCCGCGAGUAGGACACGGGCUUCGUCGAAAAUGGAUGAACUCAAACAUCAAGUCAUGAUUAACCAGUUCGUCCUGACGGCGGGUUGUGCGGCAGACCAAGCGAAGCAGCUUUUGCAAGCGGCACAUUGGCAGUUCGAGACUGCCCUCAGUGCCUUUUUUCAAGAAACAAAUAUUCCGUACGGCCAUCAUCAUCAAAUGAUGUGCACCCCAGCCAACACACCAGCGACGCCCCCCAACUUCCCGGACGCGUUGACCAUGUUCUCCAGGCUGAAGGCGUCCGAGAGCUUCAACAGCGGCAGCGGCGGCAGUCCCAUGGCCGCCUCCAUGGCCACUUCACCACCCCAGGUCGGCGGCUGGGGGGUCUCACCAAACGUACCUAAUGUGCCGCAACCUCCACAUGGACUCUGGACUCAGGGGCAGCCCCCCACGCAGCCCUGCCCCGCCUGGCCCACGGGCGUGAACCCCCACGCAGGUGCUGAGCAGAAGGCUAGCGUAGUGAUGGAGGCUGAGAGAUGAAGGGCAGCACAGGACUGAAAAGCCCUCGUUUCCACCCCAGGGAGGGAGGGAAACAGGGGGAUAAAUGCGGGGAGGGUGGGAGAUGAUAAUGGGUAGAAAUGGGUUUUGGUCUUUUUCCCAAAAUACGGAUAUGGAUAUGGAAAUAGACGAAAGCUACGCAAAGAAACCAAGAAAAACUCAACGUGGACAAUUUAAGAAGAGGAGAAAACCAAUGCAAAUGUCAAUACAAAAAUAGAAGAAGAAAAAAAGAUGCGCACACACACAUAGUAAUAAGAGAGCAACUGAAAUCUUUGUUAGUUUUUCCUAAGUAAAUGCAUAGAAAAGAAAAAUAUUAUUGAACUAAAAAAACAUUUUUUUCUUUAUUUUUUUUUAAAUUGUCACGCCCAAGGAUUGAAUGUGAUGUUCAAGGACAUUCAAGGCAGCAAACUUAAUUUUUAAUUUUUUCAGCCAGUGUUUUUUUUGCCACUGGCAUUCUGUGUUUCUGCAACUGUCUGUGCUGCAUGAGGAGGAAUGAACUUUCAAUGCAGUGUUUGAGACAAACUCCAAAAUCAACACGCACUUGUGUGUGAGUGUGUAUGCAUGUGAGCGGUUGGUCAGUGUGUAAUCCAAAAUGUAUACAGACACAUAAAUAUAUAUUCACACACACAAACAAAUACACGCACACACACAUUAGCGUUUAGAGGAAACACCUCCAUACUGUCAUCCCCAUCGUUAAAGGUGGGACUUUUCUUACCUCACCUGGUGGUCACCUGACUUCUUUCAGCUAAUCAGGGAUUCUUCUUAAACCAACCGUUGCCGCCACAGGACAUGUUUAUAAAGGUUUUUUCUUAAAGGCAGCAGCCACUCUGGUUUAUGCUAACUGAUCCUUGCUGCAAUGGCUUUUCCUGACACAGUUUUAAACCUGGACUCAGACAACAUCUGUCCACUGUAUACUUUUUUUUCUGGAGAUUUGGGUUAUUACAAGUAAAAUGAGAAAUCAUUAAUAUAAUAUCGUUUAUAAUGCUAAUUGUUCUGUUUUUGUUGAAAGAUUAAGGGAGGGGGCUUUGAAAAUGGGUGGGACUUCAGGUUGAUUUUUUUUUUUUUUUUUUUACGUGAAUCAAACGCAGUUAAAAUGGAUACAGAUCUAAGACAAAAACUCGACUACAUCUUUGUAAACAGAAUUGCCACUUUGCAUGAUGUGUUCAUAACGUGCAACAUCUUCUGUAGCAAACAUACAUGAGGUCGAGACAUGUUUAUGGGAGGGGGUGGAGUAAAAGAUGAGGGUGGGGUGGUGGGUCUCAUCCCCAAUAGAGAUGCAAUAGAUGAGUGUUUCUCUACAAAGACUCAAAUCAGCAGUGUCUCAAUGUAAAAGCAAAAUUGGACAUAGUGUCUUGUUAGAUAUGAGAAACAAACAGAAGAAAAUGGGUGUGGGGCAGCUUCGGGAAGCCCACCACAGACUAUUUGGGGACACUACAGACUACUUUCAGAUAUACAGUAUGUAUAUAUACCCUUAGAUACUGUACUACAGAGAAUGUUUUUACAACAUUAAGGUCUCUUAUUUUUGACCGGUCCCUGGUCCAUUGAUACUGAGGGACAAUUCAGGGAUGGCCCUGACAUAUGGCAAUAUUUUAAAUACAGGGUCUACCCCUUUUUUAGGUUUCUCCUGUUUGGAUUAUUUUUUUCAUUCGAUAUAAGAAGAGAGAGAAGAGAUAUUUUGAAUAGCUGAGGGUUUGUUGUUUUAAAGAGGAAAAAAAAAUGGGAAAUUAUGAAUAUAAUAAUGAAUAAAUAAGCAACUUCCCUUUUUUUUAUUAUUUAGACUAAACUAAUGUUUGAGUUCAUCCUUUUCCAUGCUUCAUACUUUAUUUGGUUAAAUCAGAGCGUUUCUGGGUGGGCCUAUUCCUAAAUGGUUUCUCAUGUAUGUUUCCCCACUUGUAUGAGACCAUUCCCACAAUAUUUGUGGACUACCUGAUAAUUAACUUAUCAUUUUUGUGAACCUAAAUAAAUAUUGUAUGUCAACCUAA